AAUGAAACAUAAAAUAUUUAAAGACGACAAUACCAACUACCGUUGUUCCAUAUCGCAAUUUUUCUACCUUGUUUAUAAAUGUAAAGAAAGGAAAAUAAAUUCAAAUCAGCUAGAUUUCGAGCACCAAGGCCAAUAUCAUCAUGUUCUCGCGUAUGUGUUUGCGUUUCCCAUGGCUUUCUCCUCCCUUUAUCUCUCCUUCUACAAGUAGACCAGAGGUGCUUCGAAGUCUUUUGACAGGUCACAAGUUUAGGCAAUUGUUUAGCUCAAGAAGAAGGAUAAAAUUCUCUCAAGGCUCUAUCAAAUUUUUACAGACAUUGUGUCGGAUAUCAGUCCCAGGGGUGCCAGUUAGAGAGACACAACCACCUUCAAAAUUUUUGAAAGACAAGAAGGUGGUUCCCCAAGCAGAUCCUCCGAGUGCUGAAGAUGUAAACCAUUUGUAUCAACUCAUUGACCAAAGCACCAAGCUUGUGGUAUUGACUGGAGCGGGAAUUAGCACUGAAUGUGGAAUUCCUGAUUAUAGAAGCCCAAAUGGAGCUUAUAGUUCUGGUUUCAAGCCAAUAACCCAUCAGGAGUUUGUACGUUCAAGUCGUGCCCGCAGGCGGUAUUGGGCCAGGAGUUAUGCUGGAUGGAGGCGGUUUACUGCAGCACAACCUGGUGCUGCACAUGUUGCUUUAGCAUCUCUAGAGCAAGCUGGCCGAAUAAAUUUUAUGAUAACACAGAAUGUUGACAGGCUGCAUCAUCGUGCUGGGAGCAACCCACUUGAAUUGCAUGGGACUGUUUAUAGUGUGAUUUGCUUAGAUUGUGGUUUUUCCUUUUGUCGAAAUUUAUUUCAAGAUGAAGUGAAGGCCCUUAAUCCAAAGUGGGCAGCAGCAAUAGAAAGCUUGGACUAUGGUAAUGCUGGAUCAGAUAAGAGCUUUGGCAUGAAGCAAAGACCUGAUGGUGACAUUGAGAUCGAUGAGAAAUUUUGGGAGGAGGAUUUCCACAUUCCCACUUGCCAUAAAUGCAAUGGGGUCCUGAAACCUGAUGUUGUCUUCUUUGGUGACAAUGUGCCCAAGGAAAGAGCUGAUAAAGCCAAGGAAGUUGCAAGAGAAUGUGAUGCUUUCCUUGUAUUAGGAUCAUCUGUGAUGACCAUGUCUGCUUUCCAACUAGUCAGGGCUGCUCAUGAGGCAGGUGCCUCCACUGCAAUUGUGAAUAUCGGUAAGACCCGAGCUGAUGAGUUUGUAUCCUUGAAAGUAAAUGCUCGAUUAGGAGAGAUUUUGCCAAGAGUGCUCAACACAGGCUCUCUUAGCAUCCCUGCUGUUCACUAAAAUGAUCUAGAGGUAAAAUACCAAAAAUUUAUUUUGAACAAUAUUUAAAUAUAAAAAAAAUAUUUUUAUUAAUUAUGAUAUACAUAGGUAGAUCAAUUUGGGAACAAAAAGAUCGUGUUGCUUAUUAUAGUGGACAUAUAUCAAGAAAUAUCCUGUAUAUGUAAUUUGAUGAUUACUUGGAAGAGUUUCAUGGAGGGAGGGAGUGGUUUGACUGAGAGUGAAUGCAUUCGUUAAAGUGUUUGACUAUAAAUUAUGUGGAUUUUUGGCCCACUAAUAACAGUGAUCUUAGCAAGUGGUAUUAGGGCAGUCAUUCAUGAAAUCCUUUUACAUGUUUGAGAUAAUUUGGCUUGUUAUUUUCCAAGCUGUUAGGUGCUGAGAUGACUUUGUAAACUGAAUCUUUCUUGCAACCCAAAUUUGUCUUUAAAUUUUUA